GGCUGUAAAUUGACGUGGCAUGGAAAUUCUCCGCUAAGUUGUAGCAGCUUGCAUGUUUCUCCUAAGAUCAAGCCCAGCCUCCCAGAGCUGUGGCUUAAUCAUCAUGGGUUCAACGACUUUACAGAAAAAUGGAUAGAAAAUGUCUUCAGCUCCUUUCUUUGGACUCAAAUGAUUUCUUUUUGACUAUCUAUGGUUUAGCUGAAAAAAUCAAAGCAGUUAAGUCUGUAACUUUCUUUUUGCAGCUUAAACAACAGAAUUUGCUGCUCUCCCUCCCCUAUCCUGCAAUUUAAUUCCUUACAGAUUUUGCCAUGGGGUGCGGACUUAGAAAGCUAGAAGACCCUGAUGAUAGCAGCCCUGGAAAAAUAUUUUCUACCCUGAAGAGACCGCAAGUGGAAACAAAGACAGAAUUUGCUUACGAAUAUGUAUUGCUGGAUUUCACUUUACAAGCCUCGCCAAACCCAGAAGUCAUCAAGAUAAAUUCAAUUCUGGAUAUAGUGACAAAAGUUGAAGACUACUAUCUUAAAGGAUAUAUUGUUGGGGCUAUUCAUCCUGUUAUACAACCUGUGGGGCAGCGAAAACACCUACCUGCAAGUUACCUGUACAGGGUAGUGCUAUUGCGCUUGAAGUUAAGCCUGAAGCAUUCGGCAGCAUCCAGUGGACAAAGACGCCCAAGGCUCGUGAUUGAGGAAUGUCCUCUAACUUAUGAGACACAAACAAAUGACAUAGCAAAAGAACUGAUAGAAAAGAUUAAUACAGCUGCUAAGAGAGGAAUGAAAUUUGUUGGAUUCAUAUCACAGCCUUAUUCACCACUUAAAUUCUGCAACGGAACCAACCAUGAUGAAGACAUAGAGUCAGUGCUGCCUCUGAGACACACUUCAGAUGAAAACUGUAAAAGUUGGAAUGAAGGAACAUUAAGUGGGCAAUCAUCUGAGAGUGGAAUUGAGGAAGAACUUCAUCAUGAAAGUGAACAGUGUCAGAUGGACCGAGAUGGCAGCCCCAGUUAUUCUAAAUCAAGAAAGGGAGAAGAAAACAAGUUGUAUACAAUAUUCAAUGUUUUCGAUGAUGAAUCAACCUGCUGGACCUAUCAGGAAGGCAUCCUGUCAAUGAAAGUAACAAGAAAAGGAUCUGUCAUUAGUACACUUGAUGCCGAUUGGCUGGAGUUAACUACAUUUUAUUAUAAACAAGGCUUGUCUUUAAUUGAUUCUUUUGUAUGCUGGGAAACAUCUAAAGGGGACCAUUUGCCUAAAUCUUUGGAAGGAUUCUUUAUCUAUGAAGAAGAAGGUUCUGGAGUUCCAGGUUCCAGUAGGAAAGGAAAUGAUGCCAUCGUAGUAGAACAAUGGACUGUUAUUGAGGGCUGUGAAAUCAAAACGGAUUAUGGCCCUCUGCUGCACACUCUGGCUGAGUUUGGAUGGCUCCUGACAAGUGUGUUGCCUACACCUAUACUGCGACAUGACAGUGAAGGGAAUUUGGCUACAAAGCAGGUUGUGUUCCUUCAGAGACCAGUUAUGUGGAAUUCAGCUGCUCAAACACCAGAAAUAAUAUGAAGAGCAGAAAGGUACUUACAGCUCCAUGUGUAUGAAGACCCAUCUGUUCCAUCUCUGCUUUUCUUGCUCUCCUAAUAGGGAUGGCUUUGCCUUUCCCAGCCUUUAACAGUUAAAGAUGAAAAUUCUGCAUAAUAGAGGAUCUUCAUUUAUCUGUGAAAAGCUUACUUGGAAAUGUGGGAAUCUUCGAGGGAAUUACAACUGACUUUGCCAUUGAUGAAUUUAGCAUAUUAUAUAUUUUUAUUAGCAUUGGUGUUGACAUUAUAAGAUCAUUUGAAUAAUAAAAUGUCAUUUGUUA